AUGCAGCUCUCUUUGACGCAUUUCUGCGAGGUCCAUGGUCCCACCUCGAUCAUCUGCUCGCAGGUCCUCCCCUUCUCCUGCACCCAAUGUCACCCCGACAAAUCCGAUUUCUCCCCCGAUGAUACACCGGCCACGUCCCACGACACUGCUUCCUUCCACGGUCCAUCGAACCUCCCCAAUGGGAAGAACACGGCCCCGACGAGGCCCUCCGACCGUCCCGCCGACCUGAGCCAUCCGUGUCCCAAAAUCGAAGACCACCCCUACUUCGUCAGAGCCCAGUCCAACCCCCUGGACAAUACCACCCGAUCGGGUCCCCUCAGUGGCGCCGACGGCGACACCUGCGCCAGUUGUAGCUUGACCUUGCCCGAGGAUGUGAGCAAGCAACUGCCCCCGGGGGCCCCGGGUACCGCCAAGGGGGAUGGCAAGGGGAGGAACGGUAGUCCCGUCUUGCGCUCCCGCGAGGUCGUCUACUCCUGUGGCGCCAACCAUCACGCUGACGUCGACGACACUGCGCGCGAUCCGCACGCGCACCCUUCCUUGCCCGAUUCCGUCCAUUCCUCCUCGGUGGCGUCCGAUGCCUCGUGUCACACCCAUAUCCUCACCUACCUGUCCCUCCGCGGGCCCCCGAACCCCGCCGACUACGCGCUGCUGCGUCGCUCCUCCAUCCGCACGCUCAGCUGCGAGUUGCUCCCGCGCGGUCUCUCGUCCGGACCGCUCUGUUUCGGCGACUCGACCGCCGGCUACACCGUCGCCUACAUCUUCCGUCUCCCGGACCCCAUGGCGCGCGGCAAACGGCGCAGCUAUGCCUUGGUCGCCUUGGCCGGCAAAGACGCAGGCCGCGCGUUUCGCGCCUGCCCCGUCAUCUGGCGCGCCUUCGGUCGCAUCGCCACCGGCAUCGUCCACUCCGCCGAGCGAUUCCAGGAGGCCGAGAAGACUCGCGAGGAGCAGAAUACGAGCCCCAAUCGACCGGGGAACCGGCCCUACACCCCUGUGUCCUCCUUCCUCACCGGACGCGCCCUCGACCCCGUCGGCCAGGCCCGUCGACCGGGCCAGGUGCGGGCCCGCAAUCUCUCCGAGAUCGUCGGCAACCCCUCCAUCUUCGCCGAAAUCCAUGCGCAUUUCGUCGCCCUCCUGCAACAGCUGGGCAACAUGUUUGGCGCCGUCCCCGUUUCCGAAGAACGCUUCGUCUGCAGUACGGUGCAGGAAGCGGGCGGCAGUGCGUCCCGCCGGGGGUCAUUGCUACCCGGCGACAAGGAGCAGUCGACGGACGGCGACCUGGGGAUGUCCGGUUUAGAAAUCUCCUCCGGACCCAAGCCUAUUCCCAUUGCGCCCCGCCGUCCGGUCAUUGCCUAG